AGAGUGAAAUAGCAGCAUAUUGGGGCAAAUUUAUUAGAAUGGGCAUGGUGACACUUUCUGGUCUUGAUUCCAGCAUGGGUCUCUGGACCAGAAUAUCUCCCACAUCUACCAGCUCUGUCAUAAUAUUGUUUCUCGUGAAACAGUAUUUUCACUCCCAGGCCAAAGGAUCUCUGCUGAAAAAAACCACUACUGAAUGGAAUAAAUAUAAACAGGAAUGCUUAAAAAUGCUACAGGAAUCAACAAUAGAUACUGGAAUACAUUGCAAUGGGACAUUUGAUCAGUUUGUUUGCUGGCCUUACUCACGCCCAGGAAAUGUCUCUGUUCCUUGUCCUUCAUAUUUGCCAUGGUUGGAAAAUGGAAGCGUAGGACAUGUAUACAGAGUCUGCUUGGAUGAAGGGAUUUGGCAAACAAAGGAAAAUUCCACAGACAUUUGGCGGGAUAGUUCAGAAUGUUCUGAGAAAAAUCAUUUCAAAAAAAAAGAAGAAGAACAUAAACUACUUACCACAUUACAGCUGUUAUACACCAUUGGAUAUUACUUUUCUCUGAUCUCACUUGUAUUAGCUCUGCUUAUACUUUCUUUACUCAGAAAACUACACUGCACAAGAAACUACAUCCAUAUGAAUUUAUUUGCAUCUUUUAUCUUGCGUGCCACAGCAGUUCUUAUAAAAGACACUGUAUACUACAAUAUUUACUCAAAGAGACCAAAUGAUGAAACUGGAUGGAUAUUAUACCUCAGUCCAGAGAUUGUAGUAAUUUGCAGGACUGCCCAGUUUUUCAUGCAUUACUUUGUUGGGGCAAAUUACUUUUGGCUAUUAGUAGAAGGAAUUUAUCUGCACACAUUAUUGAUAACUGUGGUACUCUCUGAAAAACGACUGCUGCAGACAUACAUUGUGAUAGGAUGGGUUGUUCCAAUCCUGUUUGUGGGCCCUUGGGGAAUAAGCAGAUCCAAACUGGAGAACACUGGAUGCUGGGGAACAAAUGAACACAUGGGAAUCUGGUGGAUCAUCCGAGGACCAAUGUUGUUUUCCAUUACAGUUAACUUUGGCAUCUUCUUAAAAAUUCUCAGGAUGCUGAUUUCCAAACUAAAAGCUCAGCAAAUGAGCUUUCAUGACUACAAAUACAGAUUGGCAAGAUCUACGCUUGUGUUGAUUCCAUUGCUGGGGAUCCAUGAAUUUGUAUUUACCUUCAUCACUGAUGAACAGGUGGAAGGACUUCCAAGGCAUAUAAGACUUUUCAUUCAGCUGACAAUGAGCUCAUUUCAUGGUUUUUUGGUAGCAGUUCUGUAUUGCUUUGCUAAUGGAGAGGUGAAAGCAGAGCUCCAGAAGCAGUGGUCCCGUUUCCUGCUGGCAGAUCCCUUUGGCUGCAAACUCUGCUUUCUUGGGGAAAACAUAAAAUACCUCCGAAAAUGUUCACAGAAACGAAAAAACCAGCACCUCAGCAGCAAACACCGCUCAUGCCUGGAGGUGAGCACACCCUGGGGCAUGCAGCUGCAGCAGGUGCUGGUUAGGCAGAGAACAGACUUCAGCCCGGAGCCAGGCUCUGUUCUCCCAUCCCACCCACGGAUAAGCAUGUCAGACAGCAGCGAGGGAGAGUUCACCACUGGAGAAACAACUGAGGAAGUCUUUGAGGAAAGUGAGAUUUAGAAAGCUGUCCACUGGGACAGCACCUCCAACAACCAGUGUUGUGAAAGACCUUCUCUCACCUCCAGACUGUUCAGAGUUCUGGGAUAUGCAAUGCAAGGAGGAAGGAGUUAAUAUCCCAGAUGUUCCAGUUUUCUUAAUGUGAGAAAAAUCAUAUCUGGAUGUUGCUACCUGUGUGACUGGGUAGAAGAGGUCUGAAUGAAAAUAUGCUUUGAGCUGACCAGUCUGGAAGGAAACUGAUGCUGAGAGUGAUGUGCAGAGGAAAGCAGAAUGUACUCUGGAAACAAGUAGACUCUGAAUGCACAUUGUGUCCCAGCAGCUUCAUCCAUACCUGACUGCUGUUUGACUCACAUAAUAAAGAAGUUGUUAAUUUUUCUUUUUCAUAUGAGUGUGUCAUAAAUAAAGAUAUCUGUGUGGAAGACUUUCUUCACAGAUUGAAAUCAUCCCUCAUCUCAAAAAAACACCCCAAUUUCAGACCAAACCAGACAUAUUUUGUUUAAGCAAAAUAACAGGAUAUAUAUAUAUAUACCUAUAUACAUUAAAUCCACAAAACCAAGCUUGGGUAGAAUGAAACUUCUGCUUGCAUUUUAAUUCUCACAUACAACUGAUCCAGAGACCUAUGAAAUUCAAUCAAGUUUGUUAAGUUCCAGUUUCCAAAGGGGUGAACAUAAGCCAACUGGCAUACUGAAAGGAAAAAAAAGAAAAAGGCAGCAGAAAGGUUAGCAGGUACUAUUUAUCUACAAUAUAAAUACCUGCCCUAGCUCACACGUGUUCAUUCUCUAGCCUGCAGCCAGUUACACAGCACAGUUAUUCAUUUUCCCUGUACUUCACUGGCAAGCAUUCUAUUUUAACACAGAUGUCUGCAAACGUAAAAAAACCAUAACUUGGGCAACUGGCUCCAGGUUUGACCACGUGACCUCUAGAGGGUCCUCCGCACCUCAACCAGCCCGUGUUUCAGUGAGAACACCAUAUGUCAAAUAACUGGUUUCAAGGGCUGCUUGCGGGUUCUAUUCACACAGCUGGUCCCCACCAGGUGCCCAUGCUGUGCCUGUCCUUAUGGCUUUCCCUGCUCCUGCACCUCUCCACGGGGUGGCUUUGUUCUCUGCUCCCUGCUGCCAGCUUUGCAACCCCAAAGGACACGUGUUUAGGACAGGUGGCUUCUAUCUUCAGUGUGUUGUUUGAGCAGUAUGAUUGUAUGCAGCUUAUAUAACUUACCAAUGCUUUUAAAAUUAUUUAUCAGACUACAAAGAUUUAGCCAUGUAAACUUUACAAUAUACUGUUGUGUUGCAAAGAACAGAUCAAUUAAUUGACUAGCACUAGGUCAAGAACAGAUUUGAGCUAUCACAUUUCUGGCACUUCAAAAAGUAUUUCUUUUACUGUUUUAUCUGUCUUUAACAAUCUAUUUAAUAAA